CCCUUCAAAUCUCGACUAUAAUAAAUAAAUAAUUGAUGAUGAGGGGAAUUGAAAAAUUGACAACAAGACUGCGGAUUUCGCACAGUGAAUUACUAGAGGAAUCCAUGUCCGAUUCUAACCCCGAGAUGAGGUCAACUGCAGCGAGAAUUUGUCGUGACUCUCUGGCUGGCAUCUGGAAGCAUGUGGACUCUGAUAAUGUCCUCGUCAAGCACAUAAGCGGUGGUCUGAGCAACUGGAUGUACCUGGUUCAAUUGCCAGAAGAUACAGCACCAGCACACGGUGAACCUCGUCAGGUGCUUCUUCGAUUCUACGGUCCAAUGCAUGGACAGAAAACCGUGGAGGGUAUGAUAACCGAGUCCGUUAUAUUUGCUCUACUCUCAGAGAGAAAGCUGGGACCAAAGCUCCACGGUCUUUUUCCUGGUGGAAGAAUUGAAGAGUACAUACCAGCUCGUCCACUCCUCACCAAGGAGCUAGCUGAUCCUGAAUUGAGUGCUCUGAUUGCUGAGAAGAUGGCACAGAUUCACAGAAUGCAAGUGCCACUGAACAAAGAGCCCACGUGGAUGUGGGACACAAUGGCAAAUUGGCUGAGCACUGCUGAGGAUGUCUUAAAAAAUUGUGAGGAAGUCGAUGCCAAGCAGAUGGACAUCGUCAAUCAGAUCAGGUCCAUGAAUUUGGGAAAGGAGAUCGCCUGGUGUAGAAAUCUUGUCAGCCAGCAAAAGCACGAAAUUGUUUUCUGCCACAAUGACACCCAGGAAGGUAAUAUUCUCCUUCGUCAAAACACCCGCAAGCGCGACGUAGUGCUGAUAGACUUCGAGUACUCGGCCUACAAUUAUCGUGGAUUCGACGUGGCAAAUCACUUUGUCGAGUGGCAGUACGAUUACACAGCACCUGAGUAUCCAUUCUACUACGAGAGACAAGGAGCCGAGCCCUCGGAUGAGCAAAAGCUCCACUUCAUCAGACAUUACUUGAGAACCAUCGGCAAGGAGAGUGCAGCUGAAGAGGAGAAAUUGAUGGAUGAAGUUAAAGUCUUUACGAUUAUCAGUCAUCUGGUGUGGGGGCUGUGGAGUAUUGUCAAUGCUCGACACUCGCAAAUUCCUUUUGGAUACUGGGAUUUCGCUGAUGCUCGUCUCAAAGCCUACCAGUACUUGAAAGAGAAAAUGAUUGUUUCUGGUCCAGUCCGAUGUGGAGUAAAGAGGAAGGACGAGCACAACGACUGAAUAAACAUGACGAAGUUGGAGUGAAUCCGAGUGACUCUAUUUCCCAUUCACCACUGAGAGAAGUUCACCCCAGGCUCUAGUAACUGGCGGUCAGAGUUAUAAAAAAAUGAAUGGGCAAUGAGAGUGGGUGUUUAUACCAACAGUGUGAUUGAUUGCUUCCGUGAUAAUAAUUGACAUUGUCAUUACUACAAGCCUUUGGCGUUAAAAGCGAGGGCAGAGGGUGUGUGAGGCUACCUCAAAAUUGUGAUAAGUAGAUUAAGGAGGAAUUGUUAUCUUUACAUGAGACUAUGGAGGUGGAUCGACUAGGCUCGCUGAGACGUUUGGCGAGUAUCAUUUCACAAUGUCAACGGGGUAGAGACGAAUUUGAAAUUUCAAAUCGAGCAAUCUACCCUGUCCUCAAUUAUCAUCGAAAAAAAUCAAAGAUACGCAUAAAAUAUCGAACACUUCACGGGGAAAUUUUAUCGGAGGACGAGAAACAUCUGGAUGAUCCCUGUCAAUUGAGAAAGUAUUUUAAUUAUUCAGGGACUUUGGAUAAUUAUUCAUCUGGGCACUUGAGACUUGUGAUUGUACUUAAUAUUUCUCAUUUCCAGGAAUUGUUACUUGUCAAUUAUGGUGUGAAGUGGAUUAUUUUUUUAUAUGUCCGUGUGGAUAAGUUGAUGGUUGACUUUAUUCAUUUUUGGAAUGGAUAUUCAGAUGCAUUUUCGUGAGGACUCAUAUCGAGCAAUUUUUCAUUUAUCAAUUAUUCAGUUUUGUUUGGAUUUAAAUAUCUCCAGUAUUCCCAAUCGAGAAUAAUUGAUCUUGUAUUAUUUUUAGAUUGUUCAAACAUUAUUUAGAACCCAUUUCGCUGCUCUCAACUGCUUUCUUUGAUAUGUUAAAUGCAUUUCUCAUUUAAUAUAGAUAUUUGUCGAAUGUAAUAACUUGACCGAAUACUAUAGUGAACAACUUCAUCGAGAAAACAGUAUUAAUUUGUCGAUAUUGUGUGGUUGACAUUAAAACUCUGGAUGUUUUAUUGAAGAAUACCCAGCAGUAUUAAAGGUCAGUUGUAAGUGCAACGACGAUUUGUAAUAAUUGAUCAUGUGACUACUACUUAUUGAACAUGCGUUGAUGUUGUUUCGUUGACUGAUAUGCUGAUUUUUAUUAGAGAGAUUUUAAUUAAGAUUACGUUUUUAGUGCACUUAUUGCAAACAGACAUUUUUUCGUUCUAUCUGCGGAUGGGGAAUUGAUUUUAGUAAAACAUCAGUCUGAUUUUCUUGAAGAUGGAAAUUUAUCUCGAUAUGUUCGAUCAUAAUCUUUUUGUAUCGAGUACUUUCGGUUAUUCUCGAAUCAUUGAUUAUCUAUACGUGUACUUGUAAUGAUAGCAGAAUGUUUAUUGCAAUAAAUUUAUUUCUUAACAAGGUA